AAAAACCUGAGCGCCUGCGCGAACGUCUUGACGUUUUCAUUUUUAGUCAAAGUUCUUGUUGGCUGCUAAUAUUAAAAGUGGAAAAAUUGUUUAGGGAUAAUGAUUGAAUACUGUGCAGUUAGUUGUGAAAGUGUAGAUAAAUCUCAACAGGUUGUGGUUUGAAGUGUUUCGAUUCUUGUCACUAUCGACAAUAAUGUUUAAGGGACUGUUUAGGUGGACUGCUGAGAGUUGGACUGAGUAUAUCACAUGAUCUGUCCGGAGGUGAGAGGCUUUACUCGAGACAGAACAGAGGCAGAAUGUCCAGCAAUGGCCGCCCUCAGUACAGGAUCGACUUUGAUCUGGACACCAUCAUCAGUGUCAUCACAAUGGAACAUAGUGAUCCGUUGGUCUCCUUCGUGGAAAUGUGGUACAACGUGUUUCUAUGGUCGCUGUUCUCAUCCAUGCUGGUGCAUACCAUCGCCUCCGUGAUCGCAUUCACCACCCUCCGGAAACACCAUUACGGCAAAUUUUUUCCAGUGAUGAUAAUCUUCAUGGGUACGUUCACGCCUCUGACAUCGGGUGCGGCGAGCAGUGCAGCAAUCGCGUUUGUGUACCGCGCGUCCAGCCUCAAGAUGAUGCCUUCAUACGCAGUCAUCUGGGGUGUGGGACAGACACUUUUGGCCGCAGCCGUCGGCUUCACGCGGAUACUGGCCACGUUAUAACACCGGCCGCACCUCUUCCUACAUUCCACUUCCGGCUCUUCUCUGCUCUCAUCUCUCAUUUAUUUGCUCAAACGGCAACUUUCACUGUCAGUUGUAAAUACCACGUGGCGUAUCGUCCCUUCGUCUGCUAGCUGCUGCUCUCCUCCCGCCGCUCACCGACCAGGUCCAUUUUUGUGAUUUCAAGAACCAAAACUAGCUACAUUUUAGGAAGUAGGACUUACAAAGCACUGACUGUAGGGUUGUUAAUUAUUGGUGUUACAUGUUCAUAAGACAUCCGAAAUGUGCUAGGAUUUUGUAGUAACAUGGAACCAAAGUCUGUUAAGUUGAAGGGAAUUUCAAACAACCAACCAACCAGUAUUGUUGGUUAUAUCUUUGUUUCAAAUAUUUAUAGUCCUUCCAUUUUACAUAUAUAAUAUACAUAUAGCAAAUUAUUGUGAAUAUUUUACAGUAAAAAGCAUUUGCGCCAAAUUUAUAUCCAAUAUAUAUAGUUAAUUAUAAUCACACGUAUUCGAAAUAUAAUUUAACGAUUGGUUACAGAUUUUAUAUUGAAGUUCUGGUGAAUUCAUCUAGAAAGAUUUUAUUUUUAAUUAUUGGUGUAAAAUCUAUGAGACUGACUACAAGAGGAGAGUAUUUAUUAAAUUAUUUUACAAAAGAGAUGUAUAUCAAAUUAUAAUUUUAUUGUGUAGUUAAAAAAUGUAUAUUGUGUCGAAAAAAUUAAUAUAUAGCACCCCUUUGAACUUUUCCUAACGUGUCUUUAAUCCUGAUGUUGUUUGUCACAAAUUUCAUGAAUCCAAGCAUCUUAAUUUGUACAAAAUUAGACAGGGUACUGUAUUUAAUUGUAUACCUUUAUACUUGAGUACAAAAAACUUUCCCUAUUGUAUUUUUUGUUUUAAAAUAAUUAUAGGCAGAAUCCCUAUAGUGGAGCUUUAUUUUUCAUUUCACUACCAGGUUUGGUUACAACAGCUUACGGUUUAUCUUGGACUACCUUACAAUCAUGAAACUAGUUAUUUGCACAACAAAAAUUCUCACUAAGUUAAGAGCAGUCAAAAUAUUUUCCUUGUAAACUUUGUAAUUUACUUUUUACAGUUUUUUCUAAGAUACUGUGUGUAUAGUUCCCAUUAAUUCUUCUAAAAAUACUAAAUUAAAAAAACUUUAUGUAUACAAAUGUUAUGUAUAAAAAAAUUACACAUAGUUUUUUUCUAAUUAUCUUUUUCUUCUCUCAUAGUGGUUUGUAAUAUUUAUUAACUGUUGAUAUAUUCCUUUGUAAUAAGCCACUCUUCAAUUGGCCUUGAACUAUUUAAUCUCAAACAAGUAAAUGUUAUGCAAUGAAUUGCUUCAAACAUCAUAGAGUUAGUUGCAAAAAGAAAGAACCAAUACAAUUUUUUUUUUAUUGUUACUCCUCUGGGUUUGUAAAAUUACUCUGCUAGAAGAGAUAUAUAGCUACAUUUGUAUAUUUGCACACAUAGAUAAAGAAUAACUAUUUAUUGAAGUGGAUUCCUUUCUUCUUCAUACACUAAAAAGUUAAAUAUACUAGAUAAUUUUAACAUACAGUAACAUACAAAUUUGUUGUUUUAUUAUAAUGAAUUAUUAGACACUGAUAUGUACAAACCCGCCUAAAAUUCUAUGAUUUCUAGGAGAAUUAAAUUUAAAGCUCUGCGAUUAAUACAAUAAUAAAAUAACAAAGUUAAAUUAUUUGAACAUUUUAUUGCAAAGCAUUUAUGACCUAAUGUAUUGAAACUCCAUGAAAUAAUAUAACUUAAAUAAUGCACUAUUGGAAUUGUUUUUUGACAUUUAAAUGGAUCUACAUUUAUUUUAUAUUGAAUAGAACUAGGUAACACUUUAUAACCUCUGUGACUUUAAUACACUUUACAGAACACUUUACCAUAACUACUUCAGAUAAAGUAUAAAAAUGCCUAAUGUAAUUAGCAUAAUCACUUUAGUUAUCUUUAACUAACAUUAUAACUGUCAGUUUAAAACAAGAACCUUUAAGAGGUAUUAAAAUAAAGAAAUCUCCAUAAAAUGGAGUGAAAAUAAAAUUUGUUUAUUAUAAAAUAGAGUGUAUAUGGUUUGUUGCAAUUUAAAGUGAAUUUAUUUACUUAUCUUCUAGUUUUGCUUUUUAUGAUAUAACAGAUUUUAUAAUCUGAUGUCUAACUUGACAUUAUGUAAGCCAUUGCUCUGCGUUCUCUGUAGUCUGAUUUAUGUUGAAAGUAUAAUAAUUACAAUAGACACUGUCCAUGUGCCUCGGUACUGCAUCGGAAAAUUGAAGAAAACCAAACACAAACUCUCAUUUGUAAAUAUCUUCCACCCAACUGGGCACCAAAAACUACUCAAUUAUUAUAGUUAACUACAAUUAACUAUAAUUGUUACAGUAGCAACUGUCAAGGUGCCUCAGUUCUGCAUCAGAAAAUUGAACAAACCAAACACAGACUGUCAUUAAUAUUCUCCCACCCAACUCGGCAUCAAAAACUACUCAAUUAUUGUAGUUAACUACAAUUGUUACAGUAGAAAACUGUCAAGCUGCUUGCUUCUGUGUUGCAUCAGAAAAUUGAACAAACCAAACAGACUGCCAUUAAUAUUCUCCAACCUAAUUAGGCAUCAAAAACUACUUAAUUAUUAUAGUUAACUACAAUUAACUAUAAUUGUUACAGUAGCAACUGUCAAGGUGCCUCAGUUCUGCAUCAGAAAAUUGAACAAACCAAACACAGACUGUCAUUAAUAUUCUCCCACCCAACUCGGCAUCAAAAACUACUUAAUUAUUAUAGUUAACUACAAUUAACUAUAAUUGUUACAGUAGAAACUGUCAAUGUGCUUGCUUUGGUACUGCAUCAGAAAAUUGGACAAACCAAACACAAACUUAUUAAUAUUCUCUCACCCAACACAGUAUGAAAAACUAAAGUACCAACCCAUUAAUUAGUUGAAAAUGCAAAAAAUAUUGAUGACAAAGAUCCUUCAAAAGACAUUUAUAAAGUCACCAUUCAUUUUUAGUAUUCUUUAAGUGACAAUUCCAAACUUAAUUAGUAAUGUUGUAUUCUUUUUAUAAUCUUAAGCGUUCAUGGACAAUACAUGCCAAGUUUGGGAACAUAUUGUAGCAUCAGCUCGUAUGAGGAUAAUAUAAACUUACAGAUUAUCCGAUCUUGUGUUAUUGUUUAUUACUAUUCUAUAGUGGAAUUUUAAAAUUUUAACAAAGGUUAUAAUUCUAGGAAUGUUGGGUGUUUUUGAACCAUCGAACAAUGGCAAAUGUCUGGAAAAUACUGUUUUCUUAAAAUUGUAGAUUGUAAAUCUGGAUAAGGGAGUAGACAAAACUUGCUCAUCAUUAUCAUUUAACACACUUGAACUGGCAGUUGAAAUUUCUCUAUUUUAUAAAUUUAUAAUUAUUUAUAAAUUUUUGUUGUUUUGUGAAUUCAUAAACUAUAUUUGUUCUAGCCUAAUUGUAUCUUAGAUGUAGAUUUUAUGUAUGAAUAAAAUCACAAGACAUUUAUGCAUACUCUUCCUCUUACAAUUUAAGGUUUGUUUGUUUACAAAAUAUUUGUUAUUACUAUAUUUACACAAAAGCUCAAGGCUCUUUUAACUAUUAUAAACCACUGUCUUUUUUCAAAUUUAAUUCUGAAUCCAAAAAUAUAUAGUUUUUAAGCUUUAUUGUAGAAAACAACUCUUUUUAGCUAAAUAAACUGCAGGGUGGUCAAAACUAUAGACAAUUAAUUUAAGUCAUACUGAAAAAGACAAACAAUUAAAUAACUAAUAAAAUCAUAAAUAAAUCUUUGUUGUCCACAUAAAAGUAUGACAAGAUAUAAGCUAGAAACAAAUAAGCUUAUAAUGUUACCUGGCAAAAAACAGAUGAAAUAAGAUUCCAAAAUAAGAGAAACUGUUCUUUUGUCAUCCAUUUUUGAAAUCAUGUUUAUUUCAGUACCUAAAAAUACUUUAUGAAAAAAAAAAAUUAUGAUCACUUUGUAACAUAUUGUUUAAUAACAAUUCCCAAUGCCUUUCAUAAAAAAAAACAAAUAAAAUAGCUGACCAAACUAGUAUGAGUCUGUAUCCUCCACCAGACAUUUUCUUUUCUUUCCUUUCCUGCAUGGAUUGUUCUAUGAUACAUCAGGUUUCAGCCUGUCAAAACAAAGUUCUUAGUUUUUUAGUAAAAAAGAUUAGGUAAAUUAUAAAAAUUUUAGGUGUUGUAAAAUGCAUUAAAAAAGUCUGAAAUUAACAGUCGCCACCCAUUUGUCUAAAAAAAAAACAACACAUGCCCAAUUUGUUAGGUCUAUUGUAAAGUUUAUUUAAUUCACUUUAUAAUAUAUUUAAAUUAUAUUAUUUAUUAUUAAUUUUAAUUGUUCCACAGGGUUCUGUCAGUCCUUAACGUCUUGUAAAAUGUGCAUAUAUACUCAUGAGCGUGUUAAAAUUGUGAUAAUGUAGUCAGACCUUUUUUAGGUUUUUUUACAUCCUCAGCUUUAAUAUAAUACACUAGAUUGCUUUUGAAAAUAAUAAGUAUGGAUUAUAUGUAUCUAUACAUUGAUGUACUUUUAAGAACCUGUCUUACAUUCCUUGCAAAGAAUAUUUAGUUGAGUUCACUUCAGUUAAGUCAGAGUUUUCCAGUCGGUUGUAAAAAUAAUUUUUCUUGCAAAUAUUAGUACAAGUCUGUAGUAAUACAUUUAUUAAAGAGUUAAUUGGUAAACAAUUGUUUUACAACUCCAUGGCUAUGGUUUACUGUGAAUGUAUAAGUGGGAAAGUAAGACAGGCCAAACAAAUCACUAUAUCGCUCUCUUCUAUUUAAACGUGUUGGAUGCACAAAAUUAGUACCAAGUGUACUUAUAUAUCUCGUAGAAGACUUGCCAGUGACUAUAAAUAUGUGUAUAUAGCUGAUUGUAAAUAAGCUUAGAUGUCUAGUUAGUACAAUAUAUUUUGUGUACAUUGGCCAUGCUGACUAAAAGUGAUUUCUAUUGUAAAGUUUUGUACAUAACGUGUUUUGUUUUCGAUAGUUUGGUCUUUGCAAUGUUCCUUUUUAUAACUGUUACGGACUCUGUAGUCGACGACCUGUCGGUUGUUGUGUUUUUAUUAUCCACCAGUAAGUUGUACAUUGACCAUUGUAUUAUAUUGAUUUGUUAUUACAGCAAUUACGAUUAA